GGCAAUCAAAGGUUGCGCUACUUACAUAUGUUAGGGAUUGUGUCGACGCAGUUGGUUACAAGUUUCUAAAAAGGGUGACACUGGAGUUUAUCCUCAGAACAUCCAAAACUUUUUGUAUCAGUAAGGUCAACGUCUGUUGUUCGAGAACAACUGAUAAAUUUACCGACAGUAAUGUUUAAAACAUAACGACGUGAAUUCGUAGGGAAAAUAGACCUUUUGGUGUUAUUGUAAGUGGAAAGUAGACUAUAUAAUGUUAAAUUAAGCUAAGUUUAGGGCGUUGGUUUCGAGAAGCCUGUUUUAAUAGGGAGAUUUAAGAUUAAAUAUCACUAUUUUUAUCACGUGCUGCAGCUAUUAUGGGGAACAAGAAAACAGUUUGGUACAAGAUCCCCUUUAUUCGCACCGAAUUUCUUUAUUGAAUGCUAGUUAAGUUUCCUCAUCUUUUUUGAGUUGCUGUAGGAAUGAAGAUAAAGUUGUGUUAAAUAAUUACUUGACGUCAACGUAAAACCAUAACUAAUCAUAUACGGACGAAUACAAUAACUAUAUCCCCUAGACUGUCUCUGGGCACGUUAUACUAAAGAGCGAAGAGGCAUUGUCAAGUAGUCCUCCACUUUAUCUUGAGAUCUAUUUCCGCUGGUUUUUUUGAGCCGUAUAUUCUUUCACAGGUUUUCUUUAGUCUCCUGAUGUGCAUUUUAAAUAAAGGCUUCUUCAUUUAUCUAUUCGAGACAUUCAAAGUGUUACUAUCAACGUUUCUGGCUAACAAUGUCACUUACUAUUUUUAGGUUAAAACCUAAGAUAUGGUAACCAGUGGAAGUAGUCUUGAAAACAGAUUCUUCCAAAUCAGGGUGAUAAUAGUAUCACGUAGAAGUAGUGAAAGUUGACACAUUUAGCUAACAGUUCAGGUGACACUUUAGGUUGUAGUUUUAGACAUUAUUAAAUCCUUCAGUGUGUAGUAGUACCUAUCCCUUCUUUAACUUUUAUUACUAGGACGUAACAGAAUUCGCCGGCGUUUAUUUAUGUCUUGGGAUGUAAACGACUGGUUAGUUCGGAAACUUCUAGUUUUAUAUUGAUAUGGAGUUGGGGGAAUAGAUUUUUAACCUAUCAAUCCCCCACCAAACUUUGUAUACUAAAACUUCAAAGGCAGACCAAUACAUACUUGGUGUAUAGUAAUCCUAUAGGGUUCAAAACUUAAUAUUAGCAUUUGGGCAUGCAAACUGCUUUCAUUCAUUACACAUGUCAUAUUCAUAUUUUUCCAUUGGCAAAAUUUACUUUUAGAGUUCAGGAAGGUGAAUUGGCGACAUUCAUAAUGCUGUUUAAUUACAAACGCGUUAAUUUUUAAGUCAUCUGUUAAAUAUUGGUGGUGGUAUAGAAAAUGAAUGUUGAUGUCAUUUCAGAGUCACUGAAAACGGAAAUAGAAGAAAUAGCUCUAAAAUCGGGAAUUGAUGUACGUGAUUAUGCUGCUCAAGUUGAAUCAGAGUUAACGAAAAUCGAAGAAUCACUCAUCAAGACAUAUAUAACGGUCAGUCCUGAAGUAGCUAGUUUGCAUAACCAAAUUAUCUCAUGUGAUGCUAUCCUAGAGCGGAUAGAAAACAUACUGACUAAUUUUCAUGAAGAUUUGGGUGCCAUUAGCACAGAAAUCCAGGAUUUGCAAAGCAAAUCUCUACAAAUGAACACUCGGUUGCAAAACAGACAGGUUGUUCGGAGUAAUUUAAGCCAGUUUCUUUCAGAUAUGGCCAUUCCUGAAGAGCUUAUACGACAUAUCAUGUACACUCCUGUUACUGAACAAGAGUUCCUUGAAAACCUUCAUGAAUUAAAUCAUAAAAUGAAUUUCUCGUCAGAGCAAUCUAUGGUGGAUUACAAAUCAUUUAACGAUGUUAGUGUACUUCUAAAAAAGUUGAGAAUUAAGGCUGUUACAAAAAUCCGGGAAUUUCUGUUGGGUAAAAUAUACUCCUUACGUAAGCCACUUACAAAUUAUCAAGUUCCUCAAAACCAAAUGCUGAAAUUUCGAUUUUACAAUUCGUUCCUCUUAGCUCAUGAUCGAGAGACAGCUAAAGAAGUUAGGGUGGAGUAUAUCAAUACGAUGAGUAAAGUUUACUACGCCUAUUUUAAAGCUUAUGGUGGUAAAUUAACCAAAUUACAACUUGAUACAACUUAUGAAAAAGAUGAUUUAUUAGGGAAAAAUCCAGAUAAAUACAAUUCUGCAUCAUCUACAUCCAGUCUGAUGUUCAAUUCAAUUACUAAUGUUACUAAUAAUCCAACCGUAUCAGUGUCUUCUAAUUCUGGAACACGUGUUGGACUUUUUGGAUUAAGUGAUCGUGCACUUCGUGUACUUGGUAAAUCGAAUCUAGAAAGUGCUAUUAUUUUACCACAUGUGGCCAGCAACGUGGAUGCUAAAUACCCUAUUGAAGUUUUAUUUCGUUCCAUUCACUACGCGCUUCUGGAUACUGCAUGUCGAGAAUAUUAUUUUCUGUCAGAUUUCUUCCUUCUUAGCACGGAAACUGAGUCUGUUGAUUCACCGCCAUCUUGUGAUCAAAGUACACCCAAUCAAGGUCGAACUCAAAGUGGUGUAGCCUUAGCUCAUUUAUUCGAGCAAGUUAUGAGUCGUAGUUUAAGUUGGAUACAUAAAUUUACUGGGACUUUCAUGAUUUCUUCUUGUUCUCAUGAUGCAAUCGGUUUAUUAAUUUGUCUCCAGCUUUUACAUGCUUUGCUUCGUCUGGCUAAAGAGAGAGGGGUACCUGUGUUGGAUGAUUUUUGGGGUAAAAUGACUGAGACUUUGUGGGUACGUGUUACUGAUAGACUGGAUGUACAUAUAGCAUCCAUGCUGCAGUAUUUGGAUGUCAGCAGUUUUAGUACAGAUGCUCGUGAUAUUAUGAAGUCCAAUUUAUCCACCCUAAAUGUCAAUAUACCUACAAAUGCUACCGGAAAUACCACUGUCAGUUUACACCCUAAAAUGUAUGCUCUUAUUCGUCCUCAUUGGAUAGCCAGACGUUAUGCUGAAUUAGCUGCUAGCCUACAUUCAAUCGGACAUCAAUUCCCUGGUACUCCACUUUUUGAUGACAGUAUGAGUAAAUCUAAGAGUUCAGAGAGUUCAAAUUUACAAUGCUCUUUACACAAUGAACCAACAUUUCAACAAAAUCUUGCAAAUUUGAAGCCUGCUUUAGAUCCUCGUAUCCUUAGUCGUUUGGCUCAAUUGCAAAAUCAAUUCGAACAUGUACUGAAUUCUCUAGCCAAAACAUUUUCACGUCCAAAAUUAGCACACAUAUUUCUAAUCAACAAUUAUGAUUUGGUCAUAAGUGUACUAACUGAACAUGGAGCUGCUGAUUCUUCCGAGGUUGUUCGAUGUCGUGAAGCUGUAGCGAAGCAUAUGACAUCAUAUAUCGAUGAAGCCUUGUCACCUUAUUUUGGUUGUCUGAUAUCUUUUGUUCGCGAUGUCGAAGCCAGAUCAACUAGUGAAAGUCAUCAUCUGUCGAAAAAUCAAGACGAAGUGACCCAAAAUAUUCGUAGUGAGGAAGCUCGGGUAACACGAAUAGUGAAGGGCUUCAAUAUUGAUUGGAAGAAUUCGAUUGAAAAAAUACAUGAUGAAAUCAUGAUGGAGUUUGCCAAUUUUACCUUGGGGACACAAAUAUUUCAGAGUUUACUUGCUCAACUUAUUCAACAUUACCAUCGUUUUCAAAAAGUGAUGACACAAAGUCCCUACAAAAAUAUGCCUAUACGUAAUCAAUUGGUAAAUAUACAUCAGAUUACAAAUGAAAUGAAAAAGUGUAAAACGAACUUUUCUUAAAGUUAAUUAAAUACAUCUUGCAUAACAUUGUCGUCAUCAUCAUCGUCGUUUUGAUAAACAUUUCAAAUCAUUCCAUUUUGUCGUUUCGGUUCUUUUUUGUUGAAUUGUAUUUUAGUUAUUUCGUUCUUUAUCUAUGUAUAAAGUGUUUUUCUUGCUACUACAAUGUGCUUUGAUGAUUUAGUUGUUGUUGAUCUUUAUGACUGAUGAAUCUUUAUUUUCCAACCCCUAUUCUCAAAGUAUGUAUCUAUAUGUUCUAUCCUUUUUCAGCUUUAUUUACGAUGUGUUCUAUCAUCAGUAUUUUUAUUUUGGAAUAAUAGUUUUUAAUUUUUUGUUUUGUUAUUUAUCUUUGCUCUAUAUUUCCACUUAUCUUGCUUUGCCCUACUAUUUGUGUUUUUUUAACUGUGGUUGUGCUAGUGUAAUACUUUUUGUUGAAAAAACCCAAUGAUUCAGCUGUUUGGUGUAUUUCAUAUUGUGUACCAAAUUAAUGACUGUUACAUGGGACUAUCAUAAAUAUAUAGCUUAGGAGU